AUGGGGAGAAGCCCUUGUUGUUCAAAGAUAGGGUUGAAUAGAGGCUCUUGGACAGCCUCGGAAGACAAGAUCCUCGCUGACUACAUUAAGCUUCAUGGUGAAGGCAAAUGGAGACAACUUCCCAUCAAAGCAGGUUUACAGAGGUGUGGAAAGAGUUGCAGGCUACGAUGGUUGAAUUACUUGAAACCUGAUAUCAAGAGGGGCAACAUUUCUUGUGAUGAAGAAGAUCUCAUCAUCAGGCUUCAUAAACUCUUGGGAAACAGAUGGUCGCUUAUUGCUGGGAGGCUCCCAGGGCGAACAGACAAUGAAAUCAAGAAUUACUGGAACACCACUCUAGCCAAAAAAGUGCAUGAUCAGCUUCAUCAUGACCACAAUUCUCAUGUACAGUCUUACCAAGAAAGUCCACUUAAGAAGAGGAAAGACAAAGAAUGCGUAAUCAAUGAGACUGAUGACGAAACGAACGAGAAGUCGAAUGUGGUUAGAACCAAGGCAGUGAGAUGCUCCAAGACACAUUUUAGUCCACACCCACCGCCCACAACAUCGAAUGUUGUUGAGAUAAAAGAUCCUAAACCUACUGAUGAAAUGUUCCCAUCAUUCUAUCAUGAAGAAGAUAUUAUUAAUCCAUCAUCAAGUUUCAGUCUUGAUGUGAAUAUGGGGGAGGGAAGUUGUAAUUUAUCAGGUCUGUUUAACAUGGAUUUCACAGAUUCAUUCAACUUAAACGAUGAUCAAAUGACGAAAGGAGGAGAUGAUAUGGUGUCUGCAGGUUCUUCUACUGUUGCUGCAACAGAUGCAACCACACAGGCUUGGUCCAAGGAGAUUCUGGAUUAUUUUACUUCAAUUCCUGAAAUUGGAGGAGAAUGGCUAUCUUCAUUAUGA